UAGACCCUAUAGUUUAUUUUCUGACAUCCCCCACCUUCCUCUUGUCCUCAUCGUUCUUUCUCACGCACAAGCAUAUAUACCGGAGUAUCCACACGCACAAUAGAGGGAUAGAAGACACAGAUACAUAAGAAACACGGGGUUUUUUUUUAUUUUUAAGGUUCUAGGAUUAUCGAUUUUUACGGUUACUCUGUUUUCCUUUUUGUUGGGGUCUGUGAGAAAGAGAUUGGAAAAUAAUAUGGAUGGAGCGAGCAAUGGAGGUAUGUUGUACCACGAGGUACAAGAGUCGAAGCUGUGCGCGGUGCAUUGCGUGAACACGGUGCUGCAGGGACCUUUCUUCUCCGAAUUUGAUUUGGCCGCACUGGCCACCGAUCUUGAUCGCAAGGAGCGCCAGAUGAUGCUCGAUGGUGGCGCCGCCUCCGGCGAUUUCCUCUCCGUCGAGUCCCACAACGUCUCUUUAGACGGCGAUUUCAGCAUCCAGGUGUUGCAAAAGGCUUUAGAGGUUUGGGAUUUGCAAGUCAUACCCCUUGAUUCUCCAGUCGCUGAGCAUGCCCAGGUUGACCCUGAGUUGGAAAAUGCAUUUAUCUGUCACUUGCAGGAUCAUUGGUUCUGUAUCAGGAAAGUGAAUGGAGAAUGGUAUAACUUUGAUAGUCUCUACGCAGCCCCGCAGCACCUUUCCAAAUUUUACCUAUCAGCCUAUCUGGACUCUUUGAAAGGCUUCGGCUGGAGCAUUUUCCUGGUGAGAGGAAACUUCCCAAAAGAAUGCCCCAUAUCAUCCUCUGAAGCUUCAAAUGGUUACGGGCAGUGGCUGUCACCUGAAGAUGCUGAGAGGAUAACUAAAUCCUGCAACUCAACACUGGCUCCUCCUCAGAGAAUCGAUCCGAGUCAACAACAAUCAAACCCAUUUAUUCCAUCUGGGGAAGCAGAAAUUUCUUUGGAUUUCUCGGAAAUGGAAGAUGAGGACUUGAAAGCUGCAAUAGCUGCUAGCUUGAUUGAUUCAUUCCCAGCCACGGCCAGUUCUGAAACUGGCCUCCCACAAAAUGAAAAUCAGACCAGUAAAGAAGAACAUCAAUGAAAGAAAAGUUCUUUGGAUUUUUAUUCAGUUAUUGAGCUCAAUGAUCCUUGUCCGGUUAGAUGCUGCAAUGCAAAUCCUUGGCACGAGGUCAAUGAACUGUGCGGUAUACAUGGUUAUACUUUGCAAACCUUAGUUGACGUUGUAAAAACAUUGAAACAGCCUCAGCUUUGGCACGGAUGAUAUAUGUGUAUUUUUUUUUUCCUCUAUAGUCUAGCAAUAGUUUAUAUACUGUUUUUUUCCCUCUA